AUGCUCUUCGUACCUACCGCUCUUCUCACUCUCCUGGCCGGCUCUGUCGUCGCCGGCCCGGUCUCUCUGAACAAGCGGGACCAGCGCAUCAUCGGCUACAGGCGUGUCAGCAAGGCGCAAGCCGACGAUUACAAGAACAACAAGGGCGUUCUCAACUGGGACAAGAACCUCGCCAGCGGCGGAAGCCAGCUCGGCCCCGGCGUCUACACCGCCCCCGUGCGAGGAACCUGGAACAUCGGCAACCCCAGCGAUUGGUGGUGCGUCAUCCGCGGCGACGCCGAAAAGAUCGACAACACCGGCGCCGUCUGGAUCCCGCACUACUUCGAGGAUCUCAACCCCAUCUGGUACGAGGAGGACACGAUCAAGAAGUACAUCGGCGUGGUGGAGCCGGACCUUGACGCCGGCAAGGUCUUCCGCCUCGGCCGCAUCUACAACAUGGAGGACAACCUCCAGCUGCUGAUCCCGCCCGGCCUGCUGGCCCAGGAGGGCGGCGACCUGGGCCUCACGGUCGAGUGCAAGGAGAAGUGGGAGGACCUGCCCGACGAGAAGGUCGACUACGAGCAGUUCAACCCGUCCGGCGACAUGGACCCCACGCUCUAG